AUGGCGGAAGGCGGCAAGACGAGCGUGUCCAACUAUGAUCUCGACGGCAACAGCUUCAGGAACACCAUGCACUCGCUGAACUACGGCAACGUCAUGGAGGCCGCCGCGAGGAACUACAUGAAGGAAGUCAAGGCGGAGGAGGCUGCCGCGGCGAACGUCGGUCCGAUUCAGUACGACCUGGAGGACCUCGAGGACGACCCAGAGCUCCACCAGCUGCACAAGGAGCGGAUACAACAGAUGAAGGAGGAGCAGGAGAAGAGACGGGAGAUGCAGCGCAAGGGCCACGGCGAGUAUCGCGACAUCGACGAGGGCGAGUUCCUUCCCGAGGUGACCGGAUCGUUCCAGGUGUGCGUCCAUUUCUACCACCAGGAGUUCGAGCGGUGCCGCAUAGUCGACAAACACAUGGCGAUCCUCGCGAAGAAGUACUUCGACACCAAGUUCAUCAAGGUGCACGCGCCGGACUGCCCCUUCUUCGUCACCAAGCUCAACGUGAAGGUGCUCCCGUGCAUCGUCUUUUUCCGCAACGGCGUCGCGUACGAUCGCAUCGUCGGGUUCGAGGAGCUCGGCGCGAAGGACGACUUCCCGACGUCCAGGCUGGAGAACAUGCUGUUGACGGCGGGCAUCAUCGCCGUGCCGGAGAAGGGGGAGGACGACAGCGAGGACGAGGAGGAA